GGGAUAAGAAAAUUCAUCGAAUAAAACUUAGAAAACCACAAGCUCCAGUUGAAUACAGCAAAAAUAUAUUUCGUCUCGUUAAAUGUAACAAUAGAAAUAAAUGAAUGAAUCUUUGGCAACCGAAACAGGAAGUAGCGCGUGCUCGUAGUAAAGGAAGCAGCAGUACGUCACUAAACUGCGUUUCCACAACACGGACAGACACACAUGACGUCAUUACUGUAAACACCCUUGUCGGUGCAAACACUCGUUAAACAUAAACAACUACAUACUUUACAAUAUAAAUAAUCACGUAUAAUGACAGAAACAUUAUUACGACAUUAUCUUUAGCGCGGUCUCAAGGCUCAGUGAUAUCUCAGAGAACAGGGAGGUCAGUGUUAUUGUAUAAUGUUUGGUAUUAUCUAAGAAUUAUUACUUUAUUUAUUAUAAUAUUUCUAUUUAAUAAUUCAGCUUAAUGCAAGUUGUGUUUGCUGGUCACCGAAGACAUCAGUUCUUCGUAUUUCCCUUUGGUCCCGUUUUUUAAAAAACAACCAGAAAAUGUCCCAAAUUGAUGCUCUGGUGACAAAUGUAGCAGAGCUCCUCACAGCUGCAGUACAAGAGGUGUUGCACAUCAUGGGUCACGCUGUGUCCGAAUAUCAAAAGGAAGCUGCCAGAACACGCGUGGAGAAUCAGAACCUGCAGAUGAAACUGAAAGAACUGCAAGAGAGGAUGGCUGUGGUUUCAGAUGAAUUUACCCAGCAUGAGCCGCAUCCAGGGGAGAAUCAUGAGACGUUGAUUUAUCAUGGAAAGUCAAUCGUAGAAGAGAAAAGCUGGAGUGAAAGAAUUUCAUUUACAGGGCAGAAUCAUGUACAUCUAACGCCAACAGAAGACCCACAUCAUUCUUUACUAGGAACUUGUAAUGAUUCUUUAAACCAGCAAAGACCCUCAUCCCAGUCACAGAGUAGCCCUAUAAAAAUCCUCAACCCAUCUUCACCUGACAUCGGUGAAGAACCAAUAACCAGCAACUCUGUGAAGCCAGUAAGCAUAACCUCAAGCAGGAUCAAAGUGGAAUCUAAACCAGAGCCUCUGGCUUGUUCUGUUUCAGAGACAGACAAUGUGACAACAGAUGUUUUUAGCAUUCCAGAGGGUCCCCUAGUAAACGGACACAGCCAGCAGCCUGUAUCCACCAACGUGUUUAGCUAUGACCAAAUACAUAGUCUACCAAACUCCACUUUUGUCAUUUCUGAACACAUUCUUAGGUCACGAGUAGAGAAUACAGUGGAUGUUAAUAAUGGUCCCACUAUCAGUGGCUGGAGGGAGAAUUCACACAGCUGCCACGUGUGCGGAAAGACGUUUGCAUCCUCCUCGAGCCUCGGAGCUCACUUUGUGUGCCAUUCAAACGAAAGACCUUUUGUUUGCAAGUGCUGCAACUUCAGGUUCAGUCGCUUAGCUGACCUGAAAAAGCAUGAACGCAUUCAUACAGGGGAAAGGCCUCACAAAUGUUCCCUCUGUGGACGGAGAUUCAACCGAACGGAGAAUCUAAAGAGACAUUUAAGGAAAAUUCAUAAUGGAGCGGUGAUAUCUCAAGCAGUGAACUCAGUUAUGGAUUAGAGGAUAAGA